AGAGUUAAAAUGAGGCCUGUUUUUAUGAAGUCUCGGCCUGUACACCGGUUAAUCGCCGUCGACGGGCUCAGCUCCGGCGUCUUCUCUUCCUGGUCUCGUUACAAUGGCGCCCAAAGUCUUGAUGGUUGCAGAAAAACCUAGCAUCGCGCUUGCCAUUGCAUCUGGGCUUUCAAAUGGCCGGAUGUCUACACGGAGAGGAAGCACUGACAUACACGAAUUUGAUGGAAUGUUUCAAGGAUUUCAUGUUCAUUUUAAAGUUACAUCUGUUACCGGACAUGUUUUUAGUUUAGACUUUCCAGCUAAAUACCAAAAUUGGGAAGCGACAGAUGCUCUAGAUCUUUUCCAAGCUCCUGUUGUAAAGCUAGAAUCAAAUCCAAAGGGUCAUAUUCGCCGGCAUCUAUCCCAAGAAGCCCGUGGUUGCACCUAUUUGGUACUGUGGUUGGAUUGCGACCGUGAGGGUGAAAAUAUAUCCUACGAAGUUAUUGAAUGCACAGGAUUCAGUGAGAAUGAGGCUGGUGGAAGAAUACUGCGUGCUCGAUUUUCAUCCGUCACUGAGAAGGACAUAUUGGAGGCUUUGGGAAACCUCGUCAAACCGAACAAAGCUGAGGCCUUGGCAGUAGAUGCACGUCAAGAGAUUGAUUUGAAGGUUGGAGUUGCCUUUACUCGGUUUCAAACUCGCUAUUUUCAAGGAAAAUAUGGGAAUCUUGACUCCAGGAUAAUCUCCUAUGGACCUUGCCAGACUCCUACACUGGGAUUUUGUGUGCAACGUUACACGCAAAUCAUGACCUUUAAACCGGAAAAAUUUUGGUAUUUCAGUCCUUAUAUAAUAAAAGAUGGUUAUGAGCUGCAAUUGGAGUGGGAUCGAAAAAGACUAUUUGACUUUGAUGUUGCUGGAAUGUUUCAAAAACUAGUACUUGAUCAUAGUAUUCUUGAGGUGACUGCUGUGUCCAAGAAAGAAGAAAGCAAGAGUCGUCCUUGUGGCCUUAACACGGUGAACUUAUUGAAGGUUGCAUCAAGUGCGUUGGGAUUGGGACCACAUGUUGCCAUGCAAUUAGCUGAGCGACUUUACACUCAAGGAUUUAUCAGCUAUCCACGUACUGAAAGCACUGCCUACCCCGCAUCAUUUGAUUUCAAAAAUGUGCUUGGAGCGCAACAAAAUAAUCUUAUGUGGGGAAAUCAUGUGCGGUCGUUAUUGACUGAUGGCUUUCAUAAGCCGCGCACAGGAUCCGAUGUAGGUGAUCAUCCUCCCAUUACUCCAAUGAGGGCAGCAACAGAGGAGAUGGUUGGACAUGAUGCUUGGAGACUCUACCAAUAUAUUUGCCAACAUUUUAUUGGUACUGUCAGCCAUGAUUGCAAGUACACACGGACAAAAGUAGAAUUUACUGCUGGAGGUGAGCUUUUCCACUGUGUAGGGCUGCUUGUGACCAACAAAGGAUUUACAUCAAUCAUGCCAUGGAUGGCAGUUAAUGAGAAGAACCUUCCUCAGUUCACGAAAGGAGAGAGAGUCAAUAUUCUAAAAGCGGACUUGCAAGAGGGAAGCACCGCACCACCAGAUUAUCUUAGUGAGAGUGAACUCAUCUCUCUUAUGGAAAAGCAUGGAAUAGGGACAGAUGCUUCCAUUCCUAUCCAUAUAAAUAACAUUUGUGAACGCAACUAUGUGCAGGUUAACUCUGGGAGAAGGUUAGUUCCAACGACCCUUGGAACUGCUUUGAUAAGGGGAUACCAAAGCAUAGAUGCAGAUCUUUGUUUGCCAGACAUUCGUAGCUUUAUUGAACAUCAAAUUACUCUCGUUGCUAAAGGAAAAGCGGACCAUUUUCCUGUUGUUCAACAUGUUCUUCAGCAAUUCUUGCAGAAGUAUUCUUAUUUCGUCAAGAAGAUUGAAAAUAUGGAUGCACUCUUUGAAGCACAAUUUUCAACCUUGGCCGAAUCUGGACGUUUGCUCAGCAAGUGUGGAAAAUGCUCCCGUUACAUGAAACUCAUUUCAACUCAACCAACACGAUUGUAUUGUAUCAGUUGCGAGGAGGUCUAUUAUCUCCCUCAAAAUGGCUCAAUUAAGCUAUACAAGGAACUCACGUGCCCUCUCGACAGUUUUGAGUUGGUUCUCUUCUCCAUGUCCGGUGUCGAUGGGAAGUCCUUUCCUCUCUGCCCCUAUUGCUACAAUUCCCCUCCAUUCGAAGGCAUCGACAAUCUAUUUGGCACCAUUAAGCUAGGGAAUUCCACAAAAUUAGGCAAAGGAAUUGGCAUGCCCUGCUUUCUUUGCCCUCAUCCAACAUGUCGACACUCUAUGAUUACUCAGGGAGUGUGUGCGUGCCCCGAGUGCAGCGGGACGCUUAUCCUUGAUCCCGUCAGCGCCCCCAAAUGGCGGCUCUACUGCAACACAUGUAAUUGCAUGGUCGCCCUUCCACAGGGAGCUCACCGAAUCUCGACCACCAGCACGAGAUGCCCCGAUUGUGAUUCCUCAAUCCUCGAAGUGGAUUUCAAUAAGAAGACGACGCCCCUAAGCAAUGGAGCCACGUUGUAUUCUGGUUGUAUGCUGUGUGAUGAAUUUUUGCAUUCGCUAAUUGACGUGAAGCAUGGAAAGUCAUUCUUUAGACGAGGAAGAGGAAGAGGAAGAGGUAGAGGAAGAGGAAGAGGAAAUGGGCGAAGGGGGAGAGGUGGAGGUGGCUCGAAGAAUGAUGACCCCAAAAUGAGUUUUCGAGAUUUCUAAUGAAGCAUAAAUGGUACCCCUUUUUAGUGAUUACAAGGAAGAAGUGCAUUUACAUAUCUAACAUCCUACUUUGAAUUUUUACAUGUAUGUCACCUAUCCCAUACAUGAAUGUGUAUUUUACAUUUUACAACUCAAAAUAGUGUUAUUUAUGUGAUACUAAAGAUUGAGUGGUGUAAAUGUAAAAAAAGCAUAAGUUUGGUGUUAGAUAUGUAAAUACAUAGGAACUGGUUGGUAUGUAUGUAAACACCCCAAAACAUUAAAUGUUGCAAAAAAAGCUCUCCCUAUGGACUGAGAAGUUGUGUUAUUUGUGCCAAAAUGUUUUCAGAUCAUUAUAAAGAUGUAAAAUUUUGGAAAAGUAGUAGGCUUUGAAUGCAAUUUGAAUAAUACCUCAAG